UCUCUUUCCCAUAAAAAGGACACGGCCUCUGCAAAGCAUUUAAAAGUUUAAAUCCAAAACACCUAACCUGAAUUUUAUAAAUGCUUCUCUCAUGCCUUUAUGUGAGAGGGAAGGAGAAAAAAAAAGCUACCACACAUUAUUGACAUUAUUGACAAACCCUUGUUUACAGCCAUCAGUAAGGAAGCAUAUUUGCACGACAUGUACAGCUGACUGAGGAGAUCGAGGGAUGCAGCACGGAUUGUAGUCGUACCCCGAUGUUCACUACCCCGCCCCUCCUCUCGCUCUGAGUUGCUGGCUAACCGCCGAUCAUUUCUCUUCUUUUUAACAUCAAGUGUUCACUCUGUCGAGGCAUCAUCCAUCUCUCAAGUAAUUUUAAAGCCACCCUGCACCUUGGGCCAGCGAAAUCCACCCAGGCUGUGAAGUGCGGACUGACACGGUUCCAUACUCGCUUCGGUAGCUAAGGUAUCAACUUGUCGAACAGAUGAAGUGGACAGCAAGAAGCAUAAUCCUGGCUACAGCUGCUGUGGCGAUCAUGAUUUAUGUCUUAUUGAUGACACUUUCCAAGACAACGCAAGAAAUCUUCUCACUGCCCUUGGAUCCAAGACCGUUCUCAACCCGACCGCCCACUACAGUUCCGUCGACAUUAGCGACUCUUCGGCCUCUCAUUCCCGGCAAAGAUGUACUUCUGAAGAUGACAGAGGCUGAUCUGGAGAAACUGUACUACGAACAUGUUGAAAAUAUCGAGGUCCUGUGUGUCAACAAGAUACGCAUGGGUAAAGCGGACGACGGUGGCUGGGACGUCUGUGACGACCCGGGGUACAGACCGGAGCCGCCGUGCGUCGUCUACUCUUUUGGGAUUAACUUCGACUUUUCGUUUGAUGACGAAGUGAGUUCCCACUAUAAAUGCACUGUGCACGCCUUUGACCCAAGCAUGAAGAUGAACAGUCAUAGGCGAUCUGACCUCGUGUUUUUCUACAACACUGGAUUAGAUGGCUACGACCACGUCACAGAAGAGGGCUGGAUAUUAAAAAGUUUGCCCACCCUCAUGACCGAACUCGGUCACAACAGGAUUAAUAUUCUGAAGAUGGAUAUUGAACUGUACGAAUUCGCGUCCCUACCGAACAUCAUAUCUUCUGGCGUACUGAAGAACGUGGACCAGCUUUUGUUUGAGAUCCACGUUUCACUUGUGGACACCGCCAAGGAUAAGCACGCCAAGAUGGUGAAGGGUCUGGAAAUCUUCCGAGACCUCUUCGACAACGGUUUUCGCGUUUUCUACUCGCAUCGAAAUCACUGGUGCACGCAUAAGAGCAGCUUCACGGGUCGGUCCCUGAUUGGCUGCCACGAGGUUUUCAUGGUGAAUGUGAACCGAAAAAACAAUUUGCACACGAAACACAGCAACGGAAGUGCGCAAGCUUACGACAUACGAAGGCAAAACGCUGGUGAAAAUGUGAGAUCCUAUUCUUUUUAAUUCGUAAUCUAUUAGAAAAA